CUUACUCUCUCCAGUCCACUCCUCCUCCCCCCCUCCCCCCUCUCGCUCUUCCCAAUGUCGUCGGGUUCUCACCCGUUAUCCCAACCCUAGACCGAAAAAUGAAGCAAACCCAAACCCGAACCCUAGCCCUAGAUUCCGGCGACGCCCACAACCCGACCCGAAACCAGAACCCGAGGCCCCGCCGGAUCCGGAGCCCCGCUCUUGGAAGAGUCCGAUUGAGGCGAAAUGCAGCGGGUUCCGGAGGCGGGAAGAGGAGCGGGGGGCCCACGACGCCGUUGCUCAAGUGGAAGUUUGACGAUGCGGAUUCUGAGAGCGGGUCUGCGCCAGAAUCCGAGAAGGGGAGGCAGAAAGGGAAGAGGGAGGAAAUGCGGGUUAUGAGAAGGGAUGGGAUCGUUUCGGGCGAGAAAGCUUGCUGACUGGUGAUCUGGCAUGUUAAUGCGGAUUAGGGUUUGAGCCUGAUGUUGUUGAUCCUCAUAGCUCCAGCCUCCGUGCCAACCCAAAGCAUGACCGCCGACAACCCAUUUUAUUGAAUUACCCAAAGAAUGGCGUGCUGCACAAGUUUGGUGCUUCUGGUGCAUUGCCAGAUUCUUCAAUGGAGAGGGCAACCAAAUGGGAUCCUGGAUUCUAUAGUCACUUGAAGAAUCUCGAGGACCAACAGGUAAUCACUGUUCCUAAUGUAUCAUCUCUUCAGUCUGAGCUUGAGCAUGCUCGAGCUAGGAUUGCUGAACUUGAGACUGAGCAGCAGUCAGCCAAGAAAAAGCUUGACCAUUUAGUUAGAAAGCUUGGGGAGGAGAAAGAAUCAUGGAGGAGAAGAGAGCAUGAGAAGAUCCGAGCUGUAAUUGAAUCCAUCAAGGAUGACCUCCAUAGGGAGAGGAAGAACCGGAAGAGGAUGGAGAUAGUGAACUCUAAGUUAGUGAAUGAGCUGGCUGAGGCUAAAUUGUCAGCAAAGAUGUUCUUGCAGGACUAUGAAAAGGAGAAGAAGACUCGUGAGCUCAUGGAGGAGGUAUGUGAUGAGCUGGCAAAGGAGAUUGGGGAGGAUAAGGCCGAGGUAGAAGCAUUGAAGGCAGACUCAAUGAGAAUUCGCGAGGAGGUGGAAGAAGAGAGGAAGAUGUUGCAGAUGGCUGAGGUCUGGCGUGAAGAGAGAGUCCAGAUGAAGUUAGUUGAUGCGAAGGUGACACUUGAAGCGAAAUAUUCAGAGCUUAGCAAGCUUCAAGCAGAGAUUGAGGCCUUUCUAAGAGCCCGAAGAAAUUCAAUCCCUAAUGAUCAGGAGACAGAAGAGGCGGAGCUGCUGAGAGAGGCCGCAAAUUUACUGAAGGUGCAAGAAGUUAAGGAGUUCCCUUACCAGCCUCCUCCUGCUUCAGAGGACAUCUUCUCGGUCUUUGAAGAACUCCAGCCGAAAGAAGAACCCAAUGAGCGAGAGAUUGAAGCAUGCCAAGGAUACACCAAUGGGAAUAUUAAUGGGUGUUCUAAUAAACCGCCUAAGGGAUUUGCUAAUGGGAUGCUUGAUACAAAUGGAGGAGAUAUAGACGUUGAUGAUGAUAGUGGAUGGGAAACAGUGAGCCAUGUGGAGGAGCAGGGCUCAAGUAAUUCUAUAGAAGGUAGUGAUCCAUCAGUCAAUGGGGCAUGUGAAGAGAGCAAUGCAUCAGUUAGUGGCACAGAUUGGGAUGAGAACGGAGAUAAUGGAAAGGUAAAUAGCGAUAUCAGUGAGGUUUGUUCUGUGGGCACAAAGCAAUCACGGAAGAAGGGGUCUUCAAUUGCUAGGUUCUGGAGGUCUUCUUAUCAAAGUAAUGGUGAAAAUGGUCACAGGAACUCAUUUGAGGCAGCAAAUGGAAGGCUCUUAAAUGGUAGGCUGUCAAAUGCAAGGAUGUCUAGUGCUACUUUAUCUUCUGACGGGAAAUCAGGGGAAGGAGGCCUAAGCUCACCGAGUGUGGGACAGUGGAGCUCCCCUGACUCUGUGAAUCCCAAUAUAAAUCGAGGGAUUAAGGGCUGCAUUGAAUGGCCCCGAGGUAUGCAGAAACACAGCUUGAAGGCAAAGCUUCUAGAGGCAAGGAUAGAAAGCCAGAAGAUUCAAUUACGCCAAGCCCUUAAACAAAAGAUAUAGCGUCCUUUGCAUCUUGUACUUCCACUUUCUACUACCGUCAAGUUAAUGUUGGGCCAUCAUGGUUUAAGCUGUUCAUUUUGCGACAUUCUGCUCCAUGAUUGCUGAGAUAUCUGGAUAGACACUGCUAAACCAGUUGUGGAUUAUUCACUGCAAGCUAAGGUAAACUAGCUUGGAAAAUUUGUAAUUCAUGUUAUCUUCAUUAGGCACGCUGUAGCUAUUACUGAUGUUCUAUUACUUGUAGCUUAUGUAGCUCCAAUUAUAUGACUACGAUCUUAUUGAGUAAGCAUUUUGGUUACAUGCAUACGAAGUAAAUGUACUACACAAGCUGCAGUUUUAGAGCUGCAGUCAUGUUAUUAUGUUACUUUAGUUCCA